UCCACAGUGGCGGCAGGUGCUAGAGGCAGGAAGAAGCUUCCACUCACUCCGACUUUGCUUUUCUUCACAGAACCCUCAGAGCCCCUCCCCGAGGAGCCGAAAGCUGUGGAGAUGGCCUUCCACCACUGCCACAGGGACCCCGGGCCGCCGCCGGGCCUCACCUCGGAGAGGCUGCAGGCGCGGAGGCAGCUGUACGCCGCCUGCGCCGUGUGCUUCGUCUUCAUGGCCGGGGAGGUGGUAGGUGGGUAUUUGGCGCACAGCCUGGCCAUUAUGACUGACGCCGCCCACCUGCUGGCGGACGUGGGAAGCAUGAUGGGCAGCCUCUUCUCCCUCUGGCUCUCUACCCGCCCAGCCACCCGCACCAUGACCUUCGGCUGGCACCGCUCAGAGACUCUGGGGGCUCUGGCCUCUGUGGUCUCCCUCUGGAUGGUCACUGGCAUCCUCCUGUACCUGGCCUUCCUUCGCCUGCUGCACAGCGACUACCACAUCGAGGGUGGCGCCAUGCUGCUGACCGCCAGCAUCGCAGUCUGUGCCAACCUGCUAAUGGCCUUUGUGCUGCACCAGGCUGGCCCCCCCCACAGCCAUGGGUCCCGGGGGCCAGAGUACGCGCCGCUGGAGGAGGAGUCUGCACAGCCCCUUCCCCUGGGGAACACCAGUGUCCGGGCAGCCUUUGUGCACGUGCUGGGGGACCUCCUGCAGAGCCUUGGGGUACUAGCUGCCUCCAUCCUCAUCUACUUCAAGCCUCAGUACAAGGCGGCUGACCCCAUCAGCACCUUCCUCUUCUCCAUCUGCGCCCUCGGCUCCACGGCACCCACCCUCCGAGAUGUUCUCCGCAUCCUCAUGGAAGGCACCCCCCGCAGCAUUGGGUUUGAACCUGUGCGGGAUACCCUGCUAUCCGUGCCAGGAGUCCGGGCCACCCACGAACUGCACCUGUGGGCCCUGACGCUCACUUACCACGUUGCCUCUGCACACCUGGCCAUCGACUCCGGGGCUGACCCUGAAGCCGUCCUGGCUGAAGCCUCAUCCCGGCUCCACUCCCGGUUUGGAUUCUCCAGCUGCACCCUGCAGGUGGAGCAGUACCGGCCUGAGAUGGCCCAGUGUCUGCGGUGCCGGGAGCCCCCCCAAGCCUGAGCCGCGGUCCCGCCCUCACCCCACUGCCAGGCCCAGGACUCAGCCCCGGACUUGCAGCACCCAUCUCCCUGAUCACGGAGAAGGGGCUGAGCUGGGCCCAUACCCCUUCCUCUCUCCCUCCUUCCACCUGCCAAAC